AUGGCCUCUGUAAGCGAAGGUCUGUGCUUUGAGAACCUGGUUUGGAGUGAUGUAGAAUACAGCUUGGCAGGAUUUGUGGAGAACCUUCAAGAACCACAGAUCGUGCGUGUCGAGUCUGGUUACUUCGGCGGUAAUGACAGUACAAGUCUUACUUCUGGGCAGGUCGUUCAACUACAUUGCGUUCGAAAGAUUAAAAAGUUUGCAUGUCAAACUGCCGACGGUAAAAGUGUGGCUCUUCCUUAUACUUAUCCUGUCAAAUGUGUCGUAGAAAAUCGUGAAUUUUCAAAGAUAUCUGCUUUGCCAUUGAGCAUAUUGUCCGACCAAGUUAAAUACAUUCUAACGCUAGGUGACUAUGAUAGUUCAAAAUCACCUAAUUCGAAUUCAUUCCAAGAGGGCGCGAUUCUAGAAAUUACUGGUGUUGAUACCAAAGGAAAGUGUAUUCAAUGUAGAGAUGUUUCAACAACGAAAAGGAUACAAUUCCAUUUUAAUUGCACGGCAUUGUUUUGUCCCUUGCGCGAUUGUAAUCAAUAUACAUUGGCGGAAGUGGUAGAAAAAUUCGAGAUACCGGUCAAAGUAAGGUUUCUACGACAAUCAUCCGAGGCGACUAUAGAUCCUAACUUGCCCAGUUUUGUUUCAAAUUUACAGGAAGUAAGUAUUCUAGACGUCAUUGAACAGACGGUAGUUGUUAUGACUACUCUUGGCGAAAACUCGACGGAUGUUUGUUUAGAGAUAACAAAAGAUAUACCAGUUUAUGUCAGAGUUGCGCAGGAAUUCUUGGAAAACGAAGUCAUAUAUGUUCGAAUGGUCAAACCCCUAGACAGGCUGUUUGAAUCGAGGUUUGAAGACUAUGAGAACGUCGCUAGUGUAACAACACGAUACGAAUGUGCGUCAGUUGAUUACGAUGUCAACAACGAAGACUCGGAAUUUCGAUGCAGGAAGUUUGCGUAUCAACGACCUCCUGCAGCCUGUUUUCAACAGUUGGAGUCAAGUCCGAUUUCAAAAGCAAACACGGCUUCAAUACGCAGCCUGGAAAACGCACAACCGACACAAAAUCGGCGCGAAAGCUCGGAUGAGGAACCUGCCUAUUUGGAAACUAAAGAUUUAUGGCCUAUGAUAAAACCUCGAAAAUCGGAUAGCGAGAUUAACUAUAACCGCAAUGACACCCAAAAAGGCGACAAGACGGCUCUACCAGCUCAUGACGAGGAACUUAUCUAUGUAGAAGUGAUUGAUCCAAAACCUGAAAAAAUACUUCAAAAAUCGAACAUCGAGAUUAACUACAUGGGCAGCAACGCCCGAAAAAGCUGCAUUCCUAACCGAAUGGGCGACAAGAAGGCUCGGCCGGUUCCUGUAAAACGUGUAAGAAUACCUCGAAAGUCGGACAUCACUUGCAACCGUACUGGCAAUAAAGGACGGAUUCCUAGCCAAACAGAAGAUGGGAAAGCUCUACCAGAUGCUUCCAACCCUAAACCACUUUUCAUAAGCAAAGAGAACCUUUUAAGUGAAAUAGAAAAGAGAAAAAUGCAUCGAAAAGAAAACAAAAAUUAUGAAGGUGAAACCGAUACGCCACGAACAACGAGGAACAUCACCCCGGAAUUUCCUAACAAACAAAUUGCAAAGUUACCCGAGAAAAAACUACCUAGUAAAGUCUUAAGCACACCGAAAACUGAUGAGUUGAACGAAUUAGCAUCACUUCAAGCAAAAAGGUUGAAUAAAGACCAGCAAAACUCAGACGAUGAAAUAUAUUAUGAACUGACAACAGUACGAAAUUCCGAUUCUGUUCUAAGUAUGUCGCCCGACUGUUUUCUAAGUUUGUCGCCAGUGAAAACCAGUGCAUUGCCAAAAAACUUAUCCGGAUUAAGCGUUAAAGAUGUCACGAAGAUACUGUGCGCGUUAGAUUUGGAGAGAUAUGCCGGUAUUUUUGAAGAAGAAUUAAUUGAUGGUGCUAUGUUGGAAAGUAUGGAUGAGGAGAUUUUAAAAUCGAUUGGAAUGAAACCAUUUCAUGUUAAACGAAUGAUCAGAUUUAUAAAUGGAUGGAGACCUAAUAUACGUUAAACCAGUAGUGGCUGACACUGGACAGGAAAUUGGGAAAACUCGAAAUUGUGUGAAACCACUCCGUCUUCGGGCGUCGUGUUUCCACACAAUUGCUCGUUUUCGCAUUUUCCACUCGUGUUGAUAUAACUGUAUAUCAACACGGAAAAUGUUUUAUAUUUGUUAAAUAUUGCAUAAAAAAUUAAAUACCCUUGAAAUUUAAGAUAUACUACUAAAUGUAAUGAACAUACCCGCAAAUCUUCGGGAAUAUGACGGAUAUCGGUGCUUUGUCUAUUAAAUACGUGUACCGUGUAAUUUCAUCAUGGAAUAAAUAUAUAUGGAAUCUGAUAAUAGCUCUGCCUCUGUUUUUCUGUAGCGAUUACCAAAUUAUCAGCAAAUAUAUAUUGGUUUUCUUUGCUUUUAUCAGUUUAGUGAUAAUAUCUUGCGAAAG